ACUCUGGUCUUGGUCCUGCUCGCUCAGCCUCCUCCUCCGUCGCCAUGGUGCAGAUGAUGGAGUCGCAGUGCGAGUAUUUCAUGUAUUUUCCGGCGGUACCCAUCACGGAUCUGUCGGACCCGGCGCGCUACCGCACUCUACCCCGCCGGAGCCACCUCUACCUGGGGGAGACCGUCCGCUUCCUCCUGGUGCUGCGCUGCAAGGACGCUGGGGCGACGCCGAGCGAGCACGGCCCCGGUAAGGAAGGGGCGAGCCGGGAGGGUGCAGGGAUGAAAGGGCGGAGUGGGGAAGCCAAACCGGGCAUGGAGAGAGGGGGGGAGAUUACCCGCCACCGAGGCAGCCUCCACCAGCAUCACCAUGACUACCAGAGCAGCAGGGACGAGGCGAACGGGGACGGCGAGGAGGACUACAUUGCAGCAGCCGAGGCGGCCAUUGCGGCACUCGGCAGCAGGGUGGACCCCCGGUGCUGGAGCUUCAGGGACUGCAAGCCACUGCUCAUCCACAACUCAUCUGGCACAUCAGCGAGGGAGUUCCGCAGGGCACCUGUUCAGUCUCCUCUGGAUGAGCCGGUGGUUUUGACAGAUGAAGUGAUCUUCCCUCUCACCGUCUCUCUGGACAAACUCCCCGUCAGCACUCUCAAAGUCAAGGUGAUGGUCACGGUGUGGAAGAAGGAAGCAGAAAAAGCUGAGGUGCAGGAGCUCGGCUACCUGAGCGUCCUGCAGCAACGAGAACCGACACACACCUUCAGACAUGACCUGAACACCUUCAAGGCUCAGGUGAGCACCACCCUGACCGUCCUGCCGCCUCCGACCGUCCGCUGUAAGCAGAUGACUGUCUCUGGGAGGCACCUCACCGUCCUCAAAGUGCUGAACGAGUCUUCUCAGGAGGAGGUGAGUGUUCGUGAGGUUCGCAUUUUACCCAACCUCAAUGCCUCCUACCUUCCCAUGAUGCCAGAUGGUUCUGUGCUGCUGGUGGACAAUGUGUGCCACCAGUCAGGCGAGGUUGGCAUGGCGUCUUUCUGUAGGGUGGACAGCCUCUCCUGCCACCUUCCUAGCAUGCUCAGUGCAUUGGAGGAGCAUGACUUCCUGUUCCAGCUGCAUCUCAACGAUAUGCCACAGGAUGACUCCAACGAGGGGCUGGAGGUUCCUCUGGUGGCUGUGCUGCAGUGGUCCACUCCCAAGAUGCCUUUCACCAACUGCAUCUACACCCACUACAGGUUGCCCAGUAUCCGUCUGGAUCGGCCGCGGUUUGUCAUGACGGCGAGCUGUCCGAGCACCGUCAGGGUGAAGGAGCACUUCAAGGUCAAGUACGUCCUGCUCAACAACCUACAGGACUUCCUGGCCGUCCGGCUCGUCUGGACUCCAGAGGGCCGUGGUCAGGGCGAGGAUGCAGCGCUGGCUGCUGUGGUCUGUCACACUCCUCUCAGUAACCUCGGUCACUGUCGAAAAGGAAGCACUCUGUCCUUCAGCGUGGCUUUCCAGAUCCUCAGACCAGGACUGUAUGAGCUGAGUCAGCAUAUGAAGUUGAAGCUUCAGUUUACGGCCUCAGUUUCCAACCCUCCUCCUGACGCUCGGCCCCUGUCACGUAAAAACAGCCCAUCCAGCCCUGCAGUUCGAGACCUGCUGGACCGCCACCAGGCAAAUCUGGGUCGGUCUCAGUCCUUCUCCCACCAGCAGCCGUCUCGAUCCCACAUCAUGAGGACAGGCAGCGCCAUGGAGCGGCGAGCCAUCACACCCCCUGUUGGCUCUCCGGUUGGUCGCCCGCUCUACCUGCCGCCGCAGGACAAAACACUGCUGUCGCUGGACAAGAUCGCCAAGAGGGAGUGUAAAGUCCUGGUGGUUGACCCUGUUGGCUAGGGUGCCAGGAGGCAUGGUGGGAAGGAAGGAGGGAAGGAUGAGGAACCAGUGGGGAAUUGUUGUCACCUGGUGCCUGGUGUAGGAAACAGCUCACAGUGAGAAGAUUCCCUGUGGUUUCAUCAUGUGUCCCGAUACAAAAAAUGUACUGAUCGACACAUAAAGCUGUGGCUCAUGGAGGGAAGGACUGGGAUGAGCAUGUUAAAGCUGAAUAGUUAUGGUGAUGUAUUAUCAUGAUUCUGUCUUGUUCAAAGGAACAGAACCACUUUCUCACAGGGUACCGUUUGUGAACACUUCAACAGCUGUAAUGGAUUUAUUGAUGUUAACACACCAUUUGCUAAAAGCAGCUAAGAGCAGUUUGGGUUGCCAGGUUGUGAAAAACCCUCCUCCAGUACGAAGCUUUUGUCUUUUUAUCUCGUUAACUGUUUGAGCACUGAUCUUCUGGAAGACAGCUGCUGCACAUCUGGACUACUGUCCAGUUACCACUGGCAUCUGCAGACAUGAUGUAUUACUGUAGAGACUUUUAUUAAUGAUUCAUUAACACCUAUACCUGCAGGUGACUGACUACAUGAAAGGCAAACAUUUCUAACCUCAGACCAGCGUGAGACCCUAAGUUCUAAAACAUGGGUUACCAACAUUUAUAAGGGCAUUAUUACUGAACACAGACACAGCCAUGUUACCACCAAACACUGGGGCUGAUAAGGACACAGAUAUGGCAGAGACAUCACUCAAACAGCAGAAUAGAAACUUCUCUUCAAAGUGGUGGAGGUGGAUUUUCUGCAACCUGGCAACCCAAAAGUUGCUCCUAUUGAUUUAAUGGUUUAUAACUGAUCUAUAUAAAUCACUAGUAACUGAUGUUUCAACCAUCAAUGAAUCUGUCUUACAGAUACUGUAAUAGACCCGUUUAAACUGGCAGGAGUAAAAGGUUUGUUUUAAACAGAGGACAUCUGCAACGCAGACACAGGAAGCAGAAGCCGGUGGUUGAUUUCAGUGUUCACAAUCAUUUUCACCCCAUCCAGAUGUUUAUGGAAUUUAACUGUUUUCAUCCAAACAAAAGCUUAAUUUAAUUCACAGUCUGAACAGUUUAUGCCAAACAUGUUUCUGAAUAACAGAAAACCAGCUCUAGUAUUUUCAAUCCUGCUGCAGUGUGGCUUCACGUGUUGGCCCACAAUGAACCGCCUCAACAAAUUGUCAUGGCACUGUGUACAGACACCUGCGGUUUUCAAGAGAUGAACGCCAUUGACUUUUCAUCCAACCACAGUGUCAGGCCGAGAUUUUCAUCCAGUGUCUGGUACCAUUAUCUGAAACACUAGUGAUGCUCCCAUCAGCCUCAGCUGCACUUGAUGUUUACCGCUAAACAUGUUAGCAUGUAGCUCCAAGCACCACUGUGUCUUGGAGCUGCUAGAAUGGCUGCAGGCCCUCAGUCUGGUUUUAACAGUAUGAUUUGAAUUCUUUUUCCUAAUUAAUUUUUUUUGUGUCAUUUCACUUUUAACAUUUUCUGUACCAUUACUGUAUUAUUAGUAGCUUCAUGUGAGACAGAUGUGCCUUUAGUAAAUACUGUACAAAGAAACCCACAACAAACAAAAUGUACUGCAUGAAAACUUUAAAUCACAGUAUAGUUUGGGGUAGGUAUGGCCCAAACCUUUGCACAUGCAACAAUUAGUAUUAGUUGUUUUAAAUUUCUCCAAGUUCAUGAAAUAAAAAGAAAAGAGCGU